AUGAAGAAGCAAGAAGUGAUCGCCGCUCGAAACAGAACGAAGACCGGUUUGGACAAACUUCUUUCCACCGAGGAAGUGGUCUCAAAGUUGCAUGAAGAGCUGGAGUUGAUUAAACCAGUGCUGGAGAAAGCUGUGGAAGAAUCCAAAGUGACCAUGGAAGAGAUAGUGCGUGAUUCCAAGAUUGCCGAAGAGACACAGAAAGUGAUGUUGCUUGAGGAGCAACAAGCAACGAAGAAAGCCAAAUAA